AUGAGUAAGGAAGCUCGAGAGGGCAUCUGCCCUCACAUUACCAAGCUCCUUCGACAAGGAGUCUUAGUGCCUUGCCAGUCAGCCUGGAACUCUCCCUUGCUCCCUGUAAAGAAACCUGGAACUAAUGACUAUCGCCCUGUUCAGGACCUAAGGGAAAUAAAUGCUCAGGUGAAGAUAAUACAUCCUAUUUUGACUCUUUUGCAAUAUGUGGAUGACCUCCUACUGGCUGCUGAGACCCAGCAGGAAUGUCUCCAUGGGACUAAGGCCCUGUUAAGGGCUCUGGCUACCCUGGGAUAUCGAGCCUCUGCCAAAAAGGAUCAACUCUGCCAGUUAGAAGUGACAUUUCUAGGCUAUAAGUUCAAGGAGGGUAAACGGUGGCUCACGGACACAAGGAAAAAGACUGAUACUCAAAUACCACCUCCUCAGACUAGAAGGUAACUAAGGGAAUUCCUAGGGAUGGCAGGCUUCUGUCGCUUAUGGAUACCUGGCUUUGUAUCCUUAGCUGAUCGGCUUUAUCCCCUUACCAAAAAUGAGGCCCCCUAUGAAUGGGGGAAGGAACAAGAGGCUUUUGAUGGAAUAAAACGGGCACUGCUUUCAGCCCCUGCCUUGGCCUUACCAGAUGUAGAAAAACCCUUCACCCUAUACCUGGAUGAAAGACACGGGGUGGCAAAAGGAGUGUAAACCCAAUCCCUGGACCCCUGGAAGCGCCCUAUAGCCUAUCUAUCCAAAAGGCUGGAUCCUGUUGCGGGCGGAUGGCCAAACUGCCUAAAAAUCAUAGCCGCCACAGCUUUACUUGUCAAGGAUGCUGACAAACUGACUCUGGGGCAGAAAAUCACUCUUACUGCCCCUUACACUUUGGAAAGUGUGAUCUGGCAACCCCCAGACCACUGGCUCUCCAAUGCUCAUAUAAUCCACUAUCAGAGCCUCCUGUUAGACAAAGACCACAUCUCUUUUGGCAAUCCUGUGCUCCUUAAUCCCGCCACCCUCCUGCCAGAGGAGACGGAUGACCCAAUAAUCCAUUCCUUCCAAGAUAUCCUGGCUGAAGAAACAGGCAUGAGGCCAGACCUCAAGGACAGACCCCUGCCCCAUGCUGAUGUAACUUUGUUCACGGACGGGAACAGCUUCCUACAACAAGGGGAGCAAUGGGCAGGGGCGACAAUAGUUGGGCCUCAAACUGUGGUUUGGUCAGCACCCUUAAGUCAUGGAACUUCUGCUCAGAAUGUAGAACCUAUUGCUCUAACCCAAGCCUUGCACCUGGCGACAGGCCAACGGGCAAAUAUGUACACAGACAGCCUAUGCCUUUGCCACUUUCAUGUACAUGGUGCCAUCUACUGGCAGCGGGGACCUCUCACCUCCGCUGGGAAAGAAAUCAAGAACAAACGGGAGAUUAUAGAUCUCCUUGAGGUUAUCCACCUCCCAAAGGAGAUAGCCAUCAUACACUGCCCUGGACAUCAAAAAGGUGAAGACUCAGUUGCCCAGGGCAACCGUCGCGCAGACGAAGAAGCAAGAGCGGAAGAAGUCACUGAGCUGGAGACCCCAGAAGAAAAGGUAAAUGAAUUUUUACUUUUCACCCACCGCCUCACCCAUCUAGGUACCAGAGUGCUUCUGGAAUUAUUAAAGGACCAAAAUCUACCGUCCCUACCUCCGGGUAGGGUGAAGGAACUGGCUCAAGACAUUGCUUCCUCCUGUGAAGCCUGCACAGUGACAAACGUGCAACGAGCAGACGGCUCCCCCGGAACCAAGGACCGGGGAAACCGGCCUGGAAUCAUCUGGGAAAUAGACUUUACCAAGGUAACACCAGCAACAUAUGGAAAUAAGCAUCUGCUAGUCUUUAUAGACACUUUUUCAGGAUGGGUCAAGGCCUUCCCCACUAAGAAGGAGACAGCCAUGGUUGUGGCCAAGAAAAUCCUAGAAGAGAUCUUUCCCCGAUUUGGGCUGCCUAAGGUAAUAGGAUCUAAUAAUGGACCUGCAUUUGUGGCCCAGGUUAGUCAGGGAUUGGCCAGGGUCUUGGGGUUUAAUUGGAAAUUACAUUGUGCAUAUAGACCCCAGAACUCAGGACAGGGUAUGAAUAGAACUAUAAAAGAUACCUUAACCAAAUUAGCCAUAGAGACUGGCUUAAGAGAUUGGACCAUGCUCCUUCCUUAUGCCCUCUUCCGUGCACGCAAUACCCCUUCCCCCUCUAGGAGAAACCUAACCCCAUUUGAAAUCCUCUAUGGGGGACCCCCUCCUUUAAAACACAUGACUGAACAUGGAUAUGGGACAUCUGUUACUUCCUCCGCCAUGCUGAUACCCAGACUUAAGGCUCUGGAGGCCAUCCAGAAAUAUAUCUGGAAGGGCCUAUCAGAGGCCUACCGACCGCGUACUGUUACUCCUCACUCUUAUUCUGUAGGUGAUUGGGUCUACGUCCGCUGACACCAGGUACGCAACCUUGAGCCUCAAUGGAAGGGACCCUACUUGAUCCUGCUGACCACGCCAACUGCUGUCAAGGUCGACGGCAUCGGGGCCUGUAUCCAUGCUAGUGGGACCCAUACUUAUUCUCCUCCUGCUUUUGACUAUAGGACCCUGUAUUUUAAAUAA